CUUAUUUCCGCCGCCGAAACCCCCAGCCGAUUCCCACCACCCCUUCUCCUUGCGUCAUCCUCCUCCAUUGUCAUGGCGAGCAUCGUGUGCUUCGCCACCAUCGUGGGCUCCGUCGACUCACCCCACCGGAAGCCUUCUGGUUCCUGUUCUAAUAUUUCUCUCAAGUCCAAUCUCCUCUUCCCAAACCCCAUCUCCCGUGGUGUCAACCCUAGCUUUCAAUCUCUCAAGGCUAAGGCUACAGAGAGUGAUUCUAAUAAGGCUAAGGCUACAGAGAGUGAUUCUAAUAAGGCCACGAAACUGAAAAGCCUCAUAUGUGCUGAUUGUGAGGGGAAUGGUGCAAAAUUGUGCACACAAUGCAAAGGCACUGGUGUGAAUUCUGUCGAUCACUUCAAUGGGCAAUUUAAAGCUGGAGCACUGUGUUGGCUUUGCAGAGGUAAGAAGGACAUCUUAUGUGGAAACUGCAAUGGCGCUGGUUUUAUAGGUGGCUUUAUGAGCACGUUGGAUGACACCUGUACGUAGCUUAUUAAGAUGUUCAAUGGUCAUGUUGUGAUUCCUCGUGGAAAUCGAUGCUUCACUUGUUGAACUUCUGGCCCAGUUUUCCUGAAACUUCUGUAAAAGAGUUUGAAUUUUAAGUUUAUUCAGGUUUCCCAAGCAA